GUACAUUUUGACAGGGCCGCCCCAGGCUUUUCUGAAAACCAAAAUGGCGGCUUGGAAAUCAUUUGGCUCGUAGACUAAUUGUAUUUUAGGAAACUGUUUUCUACUUAUUGCUUCCUGCCGAUUCCACUUAACUUUGCUAUAGUUAAAAGGAUUCAUUCACGGAUGUUUCUUGUUUAUGUUUAUUUGAAUAUUGCUUAUUAUGAAUCAGGAAAUUUGAGUGGUUUCCAGCUUACUUCUUCUCGGUCGAACUUUGAACAGGAUCUAAAAGAAGAAUGUCUGAAGAAGAAGACGAAUUAAGCCGUAAUUUUUAUCUAUACGCCCGUGAUGGAAACUCGAGUAAACUCAAGGAGAUAUUAAAACGCACAACUCCAGAAAAAAGAGGCCAGUUACUUGAACGCAAAGUGAAAGAUCAAGACCAGCAAACCACCCCAUUGAUAAUCGCAGCAAGAAACGGCCAUUGCAAAACGGUCGAAGUGCUACUAGAAUACAAUGCCGACCUAGAGGCUGUUGGGGUAGUCAAAGUUGACGACCAGGUUAUUGAAGGAAGUUCCCCUCUUUGGGCAGCAGCUGCUACUGGCAGAUUCGAAGUAGUGAAAUUAUUACUGAAACAUGGCGCAUGUGUCGACAGUACAACCAAGACUAACUCUACCCCUUUACGUGCGGCUGCUUAUGAUGGUCGUAUGGAUAUUGUCAGUUUCCUGGUGGAUAACGGAGCACAGGUGAAUGUUUGUAACAACUUUGAGAAUACACCGUUGAUGGUGGCCUGUUAUAACGGCCAUAGAGAUGUUGUGAUGUACUUGGUGAAGAAAGGCGCGAGUAUGGACAUGCAAGAUAAGCAAGGUAACUCUGUGCUGCAUUACGGCGUGGAGCGUGGCCAUUUGGAAAUCGUCAAGGAGCUUGUUAGGCAGGGGGCAAAGCAUUUACCCAAUAAACUUGGUCUCACCCCCCUAUUAUUAGCUAGUAACGACUGCAAAACAGAGAUGGUAGAGUACUUUAUCAGUGAAGAAGACUGCCCGCAAAUUGAUCGCAUAGAUGCUCUGGAGCUUCUUGGUGCGACUAUUGCUAACGAGCCUGAUGUCUAUGACACUAAUUUAGCUUUUGAAUUUAUAACUCGAGGGAUGACCGAGAGAUUUCAAGGAGAUAAGUGUAUUUACAAGAAGAAACUCUUGCCUCCCAUAGAGGCUUAUCAGAAUAGAGUUGAAUGCCAAACUAUUAAUGAAUUACAAGAAAUUAAACACAAUCCUCAUGCGAUUCACAUGGAAGGAUUAUUGAUCAGAGAGCGUAUACUUGGUUCCCAUAAUACCGAGCUUCGGUUUCCUAUCCGCUACCGGGGUGCAGUUUUUGCAGACUCUGCUAAUUUUGAGCUGUGUAUUUCCCUAUGGAAGCAUGCAAUGGACAUAGGACAAAAGAAUGACCAGGUUAUAAUUGAUGACUUGAAAAUCUUUGGAGAUUUCUUUUGUCAUAUGAUUCAGAGAAGCACAGAGCCAACUUUCCGGAAUGUUUUAGAUGUCUUUGAUCAUGCCGUGACAGAAUUUGAAAAGCUUACCAACAAAGCUAAACUUGCAUGUGAAAAAUCCCUCAAUGGAAUACAAGAUGACAUAGACAGCGUGGUUCACAGAACUCUUUAUUUUCUCACGAUUUUUACCAAGCUAAAACUUUCGGAGAUUGAAGAAGGGAGCUUGCAAACAUCCCUAUUUAAAUAUUUGUGUCUUAACCCUAGAACAGCUGAAGGUCUAUCCCUGCUCCACCUUGCAGUCUCAAAUAGGACACCGACAGAUGAACAUUACACCAAAGACAUCUGUAGAUACCCUUGUUUAUUGACCACUAAUUUACUCUUGAAGAACAGGGUUCAUGUUAACACAAUUGACAAACUUGGAAACACGCCCCUUCAUGUUGCUGUGGCUACAAAACCAAAACUUGGAUUCUUAACCACCACCAAAAAUGUCAUUAAAGCUCUGUUAGCAGCGGGUAGUCAUGAAGACCUUUCUAACAAAGAUGGUAAAACAGCAAUGGAUAUUGCAGCCUCGGAAGAGUUGAAAAAAGUUCUGCUUUCCGGACAAAAGAUAAGUUUAAAGUGUAUUUCUGCACGAGCUGUUGCUAGGUAUAAGCUGAAUUACGUCGGUCUUGUGCCUAAAACAAUUGAGGCAUUUAUCAAGACUCAUUAGACAAAAAUUGGACAAUGUUAUUCUUUUAAAUUCUUUUAAAUCACUUGGUAUAUCACAAGUUCAGAACAAGAAGAGAUUCAGAUUACAGAUUGAAUUUUAAUGGAAAAUAGCUGUCAAGAUCAGCACAGUUUGCUUACCAAUUUAUAUCCUGUCAAAUUAAAGUGCCUAAUAAAUGUUUUUAAAGAAAAUUUGAUACAAA